UACACUUUGCUUCUAAACUGAGUUCUCCUCCAGCCUGGAGCAGCUCUCAGUGCCAUCCAGGCUGAAAGCAUCGGAGCUAUUUCAGACACAUUAAAAGGAUCACAGUCAAUAUCUCAGCUGAUAGAAGAAGGCACCUUUUUCAGCAUCAAAAGGAGGUGUAUAGACUCGCUUGACGGUUUGGAACUUUUCUUAUAUAAGUAAAUAAGGAUACGACUCUCUCUUAAAAAUGUCAAAACAGCCAGCAUCACAUGUCAAAGCCAUUCAGGCUAAUAUUAACAUCCCGAUGGGAGCAUUUCGACCUGGUGCAGGUCACCCUCACAAAAGAAAAGAAUUUACACCUGAAGUGGAGGAGAGUGUUCCUGCUUCUACAGAGGCGGAGAAAGACAAGAAACAUCUCCCAGGAGCUAAGAAACUUCCAGGCCCUGCUGUCAACUUAUCGGAGAUUCAGAACAUAAAGAGUGAGCUGAAGUUUGUUCCCAAAGCUGAACAGUAGUUGAAACAAGAAGGUCUAGCAAGAGAAACCGAAUGGAUUCCAAUGACUAGAGAUCGUUUGAAAUAUUUUAUAUAUUUGUAUGAAGACUAUGAACUUCCUAAACCUGCAAUACCCCAUAGGAAGCAUCUUCUUUGUACAUUUAUAUCAACACUUCCUUGUUGUCCGUUUUGUUUAGCAUAGGAAAGUACUGAAGAAAAAUACCCAGCACAAAGCAACAAACAGUGAAUGUAUAUAUAUUCAGGAAUGAUUUUGCUCUAAGAACAGGGAGCAGGAACUUGAAGUUUGAGCAAAAGUGAAAUAAACACUUUUUUUCAAAAAAAUUAAUGAGUUGCAAUUAAUUUGGUUUACUUCCUUUUGCAAAAAAAAUCAAUACAGAUAAAAGAAUUUUUAAAUGAUUUCAUGAAAUGCAGAUUGAAUGAGGAAAAAUAAUGUCUAAUUUCCUGUUAUGUAUUCCUGGAUAUAGAACAGGCUUGGAAUCUUGUAAAAUAAAGGAAGUGAAAAUAUUUAAAGGGUUGGUCUUCAUGGUAAGUUUAGCUAAAUUUUUCUUUCAUUGUAGAGCCAAAGUAUUUCUUUUUCUUGAGAAUCUAAAAUACAUUGGUGUUCUGAUAUUUAUGCAUCACUUUUACUUUGUACAGUGAAAAUACAAGAUGUGAGCUAGGUGGCAGAAAUCCUGCAACCUCUGUUCAGAUAAACAGGUCAGCUGGGCUUGAUGAAAUUUACUCCUGAAUAUAGGCUAAAGGAUUAUUCUCUUCAAAAACCCAAAUAAAAAGAUGACACUGAUAUAUUGAUGCUGAGCGAAAAUCAUGUAUGAUCACAUUAACUCUUACAUGUAAUGAUUAAACCCUGACACUUGUUUUAUAUGGGCUGUACAUAAAUUGAAACUGUUCAAUGCAUAUUCUAUUUUUGGAAAUGAGAACUUAAUGUUAGAGAAAUUUAAUAUGCUCUGUUUCCUUGGUCUCACUUGUGUCAUUUACUGUAAAAGGAUAAGAGGAGCUGUUUUGUAAUAAUAUUCUUCUACCAUUGAUUUAAACCAUUCUACAUGCUUUGAAACUCUGCCUGCCUCUUGUUUAUUCGAUUAAAAUAAAGAUAAUUAUUCUGGUUAGAAAA